UACACGAACCCAGAUAAGGACGAACCUUUCAAAUGGUAAACUGUUUCCUUUCAAAAGGAGUUUUCUUUUAAUUUUUGCUGAAAUUCCCUUGGCCGUCGUCGCUGAGGUCAAACUUAAAUCUUCUCACCCCCUUCACAGGCUCUCGGUGCCAUGAGUCAGACAAUUUCUUAUCGCAUUAUUUAUCGUUUUUAUAGACAUUUUUAACAUAUUUACAUGACCAGUGACAAUGGUCGAGAACUUGAAUGAACUGGAACUGUGUGAAAUGCUCCUCCACACCUCCAGGAAUGGUGAUUUUGAGAAAGUCCAGCAACUACUGACAUCAAAGUUAAAUGGGAAAAUCGCAUUGGACAUCAACUGCAAAGGUCGGAGUAAAAGUAAUUUAGGUUGGACUCCACUUCACCUAGCCUCGUACUUCGGCCAUAAAGAUGUAGUCGAGCUGCUCCUUGACCACGGGACUGAUAUAAACGCUGUGAACGAUGCCGGAGACACUGCCCUUCACAAAGCGUCUUUCAUCGGCCGAGAGGAUUUAGUUCUUCUUCUGCUUGAAAGAAAUGCUGAUGUGAACAUUAGAAACGGAGAAGGAAAGACUGCAAAGGAAGUUGGAGUUGAGGAAGGUGAGACAAGGAAGCUUCUUGCCGCUGCUGAAAGGACUGAUUUGAUCAGAAAAGAAGAAGCCCUUUUGUCAGCAGCCAGAAAUGGUGAUCUUCAAGAAAUUCGGGAAUUGCUUAAAUCUGAAAGGCCUCCGUAUAUAAACUGCGUCGAUAGCCUAGGCAACACUUCACUACACUGUGCCUCGUAUCGCGGCCAGAAAGAAGCUGCUGUACUCCUCCUUCAGAAUGGGAUUGAUUCAACAAUUAAAAAUCUAAUAGGUCAGACCGCUUUUGAUUUAGCCAGGGAUGCUCAGAUGAGCCAAGUAUUAUGCGUUCGCCCUGUUCGCUUGCUACAAAUGACUGUGACAAGAUUUGAAGGACAACUGUUAAAACGCUCUAGGUUUCUAGGCUGGAAGCCAACAUGGACUGUUCUAGAAAGAGGAGUUCUGACCUAUUUCAAUUCAAGAGCAGAUGCUAGUUCAGGAGUGAAAAGAAGGGAUUUCAAAUAUUUAGAUGGAGGUUUGGCCGUUGCAUCAGAUUUAGCUCCGUCAGCAUUCUGUAUAGACUUUUCUGACGGAACAUCUCAUAAACUUAGUGUGCUGCUAAGCGCUGAUGAUCCAACUGGAGAACUUACUCGUCAGAAAUGGCUGGCAGCACUGUCUGACCACAUAGCUUUUAAUUCACACUAUAUGAAUCAAGGAAGAAUGCUGGAUGACAGUGAUGACGAAGACGACAUUAAACCUCUUGGAUCAAUGCAGGAUUCACUCAAUACUGCAUCAGCUAGUUAUCAAAUUUUGGAAUCUAGGCUUCAAGACAUUAGCAAUUUUUUUGAAGCUAAUCCAGUAACAUCAGAGGAGCGAUUAGUAAUUCAAAGCAUGAAAAAGUUUGAAGAGUUAACAGAAACCGCUUCAAGUAUGCUUUCUUCGUUGGACCACUGCCUUAAUUUGAUAAAGCAGCAAGAAGAAAUAAGAGUGCUUCAGUUAAAACGGGAACAAGAAAAGUGCAGGGUGCUUGAAGAAGCGCUUAAUGUCUUAGCAAAAGAGCAUCACGAGCUUGAACAGUCAAUGGUUUCACAUCUAUCACAAAGUCCCCCGCUAUCACGUAAAAAUAGCUCAGCCAGUAUUUGUAAAAGGAAUCCCCGUUUUUACGAUACGUCAGAUGACGAAUUUUAUGAUGCUUUCGAGGCUGGAGGUUCCGAAAGUGAGACACUUGUUACUGCAGGAGGGUCUGACAGUGACACACUCGUCUGCAUCCCGUCCCCCACCUCUUCAAUAGCCACUCUUGCAUCUUGUUAUUCGUUCAGAUCCGCAGCAGAAUUUUAUGAAAAUGGAGAGGAAGUGCACAGGCAAUGUCUUCCAGUACCUAUGUUCUGUCGCAAUGACUUCAGCAUAUGGUCCGUGCUGAAGAACAGCCUCGGUAAAGAGUUAAGUAAGAUCACGAUGCCGGUCGUUUUCAACGAGCCGCUCAGCUUCUUGCAGCGCAUGGUGGAGUACAUGGAGUACGCUCACCUCCUCAGGAUAGCAUCUGAACAAAGCGAUCCAGUCGAUAGAAUGCAGUACAUCUGUGCUUUUGCUGUGAGUGCUUUAGCAUCUAAUUGGGACCGGCUUGGUAAACCAUUUAAUCCUCUUCUUGGAGAAACGUACGAGUUAGAAAGAAAAGAAUACAGAGUUAUUUGUGAGCAGGUAAGCCAUCACCCUCCAAUAUCAGCGUUCCAUGCAGAUAGCGAGCACUUUAUUUUCCAUGGUUCAAUACAUCCAAAGCUCAAAUUUUGGGGUAAAAGUGUUGAGAUUCAACCAAAGGGAAUCGUGACGGUUGAACUUCCCAAAUGGGGUGAAGCCUACACAUGGUCCAACGUAAAUUGCUGCGUGCACAAUAUUGUGGUUGGAAAAUUGUGGAUAGAACAGUACGGGACCAUGGAAAUUGUAAAUACAAGUACCGGACAUAAGGGUGUACUGUCGUUCAAGCCCGCAGGUUGGUUUUCUAAAGACCUUCACAGGGUUGAAGGAUUCAUCACGGAUAAACAUAAAAAGAAGCUCAAUUUUCUCUAUGGUAAAUGGACAGAUUUUAUACGUUGUACUGACAUAUCAUCAUACGAAGACUAUUUAAAGGAGAAUGCCCACAAAUUUAGUGACCAAUUUUCCAUCUGGUUGCGUUAUGAUAGGUCUUCGGAAUCCAAAGGACCUCAAAGCAACUCGGACAGCCCAGCGCACACACCAAAGAAAGUACUCGCAAAACUCAACAGCCUCAAAGUCGGACCAUUCAAGUCGCAAAACUCAAUCGUAGAGUCUGAUGAAGGACCACCAGAAGAAGCUGCAGAAGGAGGGGAUAUACCGAAAUGUGAUUCAACGUAUUCCAUUGACAUACCCAAUUCUAGUACAUUAUGGGAAGCGACUCCCAGGCCUGCCAAUUGUUCGGAAUUCUACCAGUUCACUCUUUUUGCUAUGUCAUUAAAUGAAUUAGAACCUGGUAUGGAAAAGAAACUCUGUCCAACAGAUUGCAGGCUUAGACCAGAUAUCCGUAAAUUAGAAAAUGGUGACUUGGAUGGUGCAGCAGCGGAGAAAACAAGAUUAGAAGAGAAACAAAGAAAAGCUAGAAAAGCGAAAAAAGGAAAUGAAUGGAAGCCUAGAUGGUUUUGCCAGGGUACUAAUCCUUACACAGGACAAGAAGAUUGGCUUUACACCGGUGGUUACUGGGACAGAAACUUCGCUCCAGAUCCACAUAUAUUUUAAGUCUGUCUGAAGCCCUCUCCUUAUCUGUUAUAUAUUGAAAUGGAACCCAUGACAUAGUUUAUUAAAAAGAAAACAAAACCAUCAACCUGUAAUUAUAUGUACAAAGUUGUGACGCUAUGUUUCCAGGGUUUGUUACCUUUUGUUUAUCCUGGUCACAUAUAGUUUACGCUGGAGUUUUUACUGAAUAUAUUUUAUCCAUGAGCCUAGAAGAGGCCUAUUUUUUACAGUGUUCAUUUCAAACUUGUAAAAUUUGAUUUUAUAAUAUUCUUUUUUAGUUUUGUACAUAUUGUAUACAUAUAGUUUUUUUUUUAUAUUUAUUAAAUCACUUGUUCAUUGUAGGUUGUUACAAUGGUAUAACAAAGUACCUGAUAACUUCAUCAAAAAUGCCUAGUUAUUUGUUUAUUUUUAUAAAGAGAUACUAUUCAUUAAGUAUAUGUGGUUUUUGUUAUACAAUUAUUACAAUUUAAAGUAGUAUUUUUUUUCUCAAAUAUUAUCUAUUGUGAUAAUUUUAAGUUGGGUAUGACCUUUCUUCCCUCUAAUCAAUAUUGAGUGCCAUUUGUGUUGUCUGUGUAAAUUACCAAUAAUUAAUUACUGUUUAAGAUUAGAAAAGGUGUUUAAUGUUAGGCUUAAGAAAUAAGCUGUGAAAACUAAAUAAUACCCUGUAAA